AUGGAGUUCCAAAUUUUUCCCGUCACGCGCAAUCUACAUAAUGCUCUUCGGAGACUCCGACUGGGAAACAGGCCCCGUCGCAUGUGGAUUGAUCAAAUCUGUAUUCGCCAGCAGUGCAACUGCGGAGACGAUGGACAUACCUGCGAAAAGAAACAACAAAUCAGGAAAAUCGGCCAUGUUUUCUCAAAGGCAACCCGAGUUAUCAUCUGGCUAGGCGAGCCCGACAUACCUUGCAAGCUGGAGGAAUCGAAAGACAAGAUCUUCAAGGCUCUGAAAUCUGCAAUCUCGACCAAGUUGGUCAGUCCAUGGUGGACAAGAGCUUGGGUGAUUGAGGAAUAUGCUUUAGCCAGUGAAGAUCCAGUUGUGAUGUUUGGACCCUAUGAGAAAUCAUGGGAUGAGCUACUAGAGCUGAUUGAGGGAAGGCGGAACACUGUCAGAUACGCUAUGGGCCAAAUCGCAGAAAUGGGUCUUUAUCUUGACCAUUAUGAACCCUUGAGGAAGCCAAAGAUUCCCCGAGAAGCGGGUUCUGUUGGUGUUAUUCUUCAAGAUCAAAUAUUGCGUAACCCCAAUUUCGAGCGCAAUCUGCAUUUUCUCUCUGUUGUCCUCAGGGAUACGCAAACGCGAAAUCCCGAAGACAAAAUCCUUUGCAUUUUGCCUUCCUUGCCAGAAAAGGAAAGAGAGUUGACCCUGAAUGGCUGUGGUGCAACGGCGUCUCAGAUAUUCGCGCAAGCCACUUACGCUUCCAUAGCUUCAACGGGGAGUAUAGGUAUAUUGAGCUUAGCACCACGGCUGUCUUAUCGGCGGGCUCAGAAGAUGGAAACACCAACUUGGGCGGUGGAAUUUACAUUUCCUGAAAAAUAUACACUUAGAAAUCAUCAUUGGCCAGAGGGCGGAUUGAGAGAGAAGUUAGAAGAUCGAUUCAACCACGGCUUCCAGAUCAUGCAUCCUUUGCUUACGUAUGGAAUAUUCGAGUUUGUAACUCGCCAAAGGAGCUGGUGUCAACGAUACCCUCAAGCAGUUGCAGAGGUCUUUUUCAAUCCAAAUCAUCCUCGAGUGCUAGCUUUAACGGGCCUUGAAUUCGACUAUAUCCAAGAUGUGAUGGAUAUGGAUAAUCGUGCCACCAUGCGAAAUUUCAGACCGGACUUGGUAUGGUUUCAAGGAUUCAUAAGUAUGACGGCAGCAAGUUCAACGAGCAAGCCCGUUUCUGUUUUUGAUUCGCUCUCUUUCGACUCCACGGAUCGAGACAUCAUGUCCUGUAUCAAACAGAAAGCUCUUUUUGAUAACCCAUAUAAUCAAAUUGGUUCUGUAAAAAGGAAGAAUAACUAUGCCAUGCGUCUCCCGCCACAACAAUCCGUCCGGUUUCCUAUUCUCGCGGCGCAUUUCCGAGCAUGGGAUAAAGUGCACAAGCCCCAAAAUGCGAAUCGCAAGGGCUCUUUUCUUCCUUCUGCGGGGAAAGAUCUUAUAAAAAUCUUCGUGGACGAUUUCUUUGAGGAUAAGAAGGGAUCAAACGCAGAAGAGGAUGUCUACGAGAGUCUAAUGGAUCCAUACGAUUCUGAAUGGUUUGAAUAUUUCUGUAACGUCGGGUUCCUUUUAGCCUUCUAUUUCGACUCACGAGGUUCUACUUUCUUUGUUACUGGUGCUGGGUUCCUCGGCAUUGGACCGGCUGAUCUUCGGCCAGAUGACAAGAUAGUUCUCCCCUAUGGAAGUCGAUAUCCAAUUGCGCUCAGACACUAUCGAGACUCAAUCUGGCAUCUUGUGGGAUUUAUCUACGUUCACGGAAUCAUGGAAGAGGGACUUUGGAACUGCUUUCCCGAUAUUGAACUGAAACAGACCGAAUUUUGGAUGGAGUGA